UUUUAAUCUAGAUUUGGACAGUGUUAGGAAAGUUAGGAAACCCAAUUACCUGAACAGCAAAACAAGUAUUCAUUUUAUCUAGCCAUUUUCUUUUCCAUUGGAAACUCAAAUUUUUUCAUAUUCCACUCUUACUUACUUCACAGUGUCAAUAUUUUUCCCCAUCUCAAAUAUUAUUUUCCUCCAGAAAAUUCCAGUUUUAUUUAUUUUUCUCAUUUUGUUUCAUGUUUACCAGCAAAUUUAUUUCAAGACAAAGUUUAUGCAAAUGGUGCAAGGUUGAAAACUUGAAUUUCUAGUUCUUGUUUUAUGCCCAGUUUCUGAAGCUUUUAAUCUGAUUUUUUAGCUUAAUUUUUUCAUCUUUUUCCAUUUUAUUUUGUAUUUUCUAAAAAAAAAACUGAGCAUAGCAGUGAAGAGUUUUCGAAUGAUUCAACCAGUUUGAAGAAGAAGAGAAGAAGACUUUGAUGAUGUGUGAUUUACCAUGCUAUGUGUGAGUUCAUAAGUCUCUGAAUAUGGAAGGUGUUACAGUUAGUGGUGGCGUUACGGUGGUGGGAUCAGAUGCUCCGUCGGAGUACCAUGUAGCUCCGAGAACAGACAACUCAGCUCCGUCAGGUGGAUCCGCAGCACAUGUUCCAGCGGCAGUCCAGGUGACUACUCCGGCGACGGUCACGGUGUCUCCGGCGGCCAUGACGAUGCCGGUGAAGAAGAAGAGGGGCAGGCCGAGAAAGUAUGCACCGGACGGGUCAGCGACCAUGCCGCUGUCUCCGAAGCCGAUAUCCUCUUCGGCUCCGCUGCCGCCGGUGAUUGAUUUCUCGGCGGAGAAGCGGGGGAAGGUGGUGCGGCCAGUUAGCUCGGUGAGCAAAGCCAGAUUUGAGCUGGAGAACUUAGGUGAAUGGGUCGCAUGCUCUGUUGGUGGUAAUUUUACACCCCAUGUCAUCACUGUUAAUACUGGGGAGGAUGUUACUAUGAAGGUAAUAUCAUUUUCUCAGCAAGGGCCUCGAGCUAUAUGCAUUCUUUCCGCAAAUGGUGUCAUAUCAAGUGUCACACUUCGUCAACCUGACUCUUCUGGGGGCACAUUGACAUAUGAGGGACGGUUUGAAAUUCUGUCUCUAUCUGGUUCAUUCAUGCUGAGUGAAAGUGGAGGAACACGAAGCAGAUCCGGUGGCAUGAGCGUCUCUUUAGCAGGUCCUGAUGGACGCGUUGUAGGCGGGGGAGUAGCUGGCCUGUUGAUUGCUGCAAGUCCUGUGCAGGUAGUGGUAGGAAGUUUUCUGGCAGGAAACCAACAUGAGCAGAACACAAAAAAACAUAAACAUGAGGAUAUAUCAACUGUGACAGUUACUUCAGCUGUUCCUGUAUCAACUCUUGAUCCAGUAACUAUUCUACAAUCAACAACUUCCUUCCGCGGAGAUAAUUGGUCUGCUGUGUCAGCUGAUCAUGCCAAUAAUAAACCAGCCGACAAUAAUGUAUCACUUCCUGGAGGGUAAUUGAUGAGGCUUCAGCGUCAUCCUCCAUCUGCAUUUAGCUGCUGACAACGUUGUAAUGGAAUUCCUAGUGUUGGCUCGCUUUCCCCUUGUUUCCCCUUGUUUGUUGUGUUGUGUCUGUAAGGUUUUUAAUUGACUCAGUAUCAAGGACCAGCAUGUUCUUAGAGUUUUACCAGGUUCUUUCCAGGUAGAAUUUGAGUUAGAUGAUUAGAUAUGUCUGUUCUUUUAAUUCUUGAUAUUGUGCUAUGAAGAAUGUUUUGAUGUCAUAGUGGUUCCUGAUUAGAUAUCCUUUGUAAUGAUAGAUUAUGGUUCACUGUCAUUAUGACAAAGUCGCCAAUUUGAGAAUGAUCAUUUACA